UCAAGCAUUUAUCAUGUCGCUAUCGUCGCAUUUGCCAGACAUUUUGAACCACAUAAGCAUAAAGGAAAAUGAACGCGCCACUUAUUUAAAUCAUGCACAGCUUUUGGUCAAUGAGCUGAUGGAGGAUUUACAGAAGAAAGAUGAAUUAUUUCGGCAAGCUUUCAAUGGAAUGAGCCUAACUGGCAGUUAUUUGGAUCGUGUGAAGCUAAUCUCGCCAGAUGAAUUUGAUAUGCAUAUUAAGCUGAAGUUUCCGUUCCAAGUGACUCCGGAAAGAGAUUAUCAACGCUCCGGCUUUGUGUUCCUAAAAGUGAAUGGCUACUCAAGCCAUCCGGCUGUAGUUAAUGGAUAUGUUAAUCGCAAGGCGCUGCAGCAGUGGCUACGUCAAGCUUUCCAAGCGGUGUUUAGCUGGUAUACUCAAUUGCGGAUCGCUGGGGAAAUCUAUAAGCUGAAGUAUGAGCUACAAGGCUAUGGCUGUGCUCAUACCAUUGUUGCUACAAGCGAAAGGCGAACAAUUUCUUUUGAUUUCGUGCCGGCAUUCGAGUAUACUUACAAUGAUUGGCCACUAUCCGCACCACCUGUGUCCGGUCAGGUGCGUGGAAGCUGGCCCUGGUUUGCUGUACCGCAGGGCAAGGCACCCAAUGACGAACGUACUUUUAUGGUUUGUGCACCGCAGUGGGAGCGUGAGAUGAUGAAGGACAAUUACAAUCUGAAAAAUGUGCUACGCUUGAUGAAAGCGCUGCGGGACAACUAUAAGGAUGAAAUGCAGCAUUUGAGCAGUUAUAUGCUCAAAACUGUUCUACUGCUGGAAUUGGAUAAAAGGACUACUCAAUUUUGGCAACAGGACAUGGCCACAAUUUUGAUCUGUAUGUGGUCUAAGUUAUUGGCUUAUCUGGAUGGCAGAAAUUUGCCAUUUUUCUUGGCACCUGGCUGCAAUCAUUUCGAUCGUUUGAAAGCGGAUGAAAUGGCCAAGAUCAGGAGCGCUGUCAAACAUGUGGACACUCAACUGAAGCAGUGUCAAAAUAAUUGCCCAAGGAACCGGGCAAUUGACUUGUUUUUGCAUUAAGCACACAAGCAAUGUAAGCAUUUUGAAUAAAGUAAAUACACGAUUAAAACUAUAAAUAAAAUAAAAGCUAGACAUUCAA